AUGCCAGUCCAGUCAGAGCAACAGAAGCUGCUGGAGGACCGUCUGUUUCGCGAUUUUAAAGGCUGGACUUGGUCCGAACGCGCUCGUGACACUAGCUCGUGGCUUUGGGACUUUGGCUGCGAUAUUCAACGGCAUGGGACCCGGAAAUGGGCUUGCAAGCACUGCAUCCUCAUAAAUCGGCCCAGUAUCGCCAGUUUUGCGUCGUCAAGCCUUCAGAACGCGGCAAAUCACCUGUGGCGUGAGCACAAAAUACCAGCACCAGCACGCGAGAAAAGGAGCACGGCACAGCUGAAAUCAGAAGGCGCACCGGAAUCGAAGCAGCCGACUAUUGCCUCUGCUUUGAAACUGAACGUUGACAAGCCUAGGGAACAGACUAUCGCGAAUUGCAUCAUCUCACGGUUUGAUAAACAGCACUUCCAGCGAAUGCUAGUGGAAUUAAUCGUGAGUAGCAAUCAAUCCUUCUCCUUCGUGGAGAACCCCGUCCUCCGAGAAAUCUUCGACUAUUUGAGUCCAUCCGUUUCGAUCCAAUGCGCCAACCUGAGCGGCAGUGCUAUUCGAUAUAAGAUUAUUCAAGAAUAUAACCGCCACAAGCAGAGGGUUAUAGAAGUGCUGAGGAGCUCCACUGGACUGCUCCAUAUAUCAUUUGAUGGCUGGACGUCUCGAAAUAAGCUUGCCCUGUAUGGGAUUGCCUGCUUUUUUAGAGAUGAGAAGGACCGGCCCUGCAAAAUCAUAAUUGGGGUUCCAGAGGCUCAUCGCCACUUCGGCUCAACGAUCGGCGGGGAGGUUCUCGAUGUCCUGCAUGCUCUUGGUGUGAGUCGAGAGAAGAUUGGCUAUUUCACCCUUGACAACGCUGAAAAUAACGAUACGGCGAUGGAGGUUAUCGGGGCUGAGCUUGGGUUCAACGGCCGGCUGCGCCGUGGACGUUGCAUGGGCCACACCAUCAACUUGUCAGCCAAGGCACUGUUAUUUGGGAGAAAUACGGACGCGUUCGAGCAGCAAUUAUCAGGCGCAGAAGCGUUAUCUGAUGCUGAAUACGCUCGAUGGCGCCGAAAAGGGCCUGUUGGGAAGUUACAUAAUAUCGUUGUGGAUGUGCGCGUUACCCAUCGGCUGAUAUACUUAUUCAAAGAGGUUCAGAGGGAAGAAAUUGAUCGCGCCACCACCCUGAAACUUCGGUCGAAGAAACCGCUCAAGCUAAUCAUCGAUAACGACACGCGCUGGCUGUCACAGCUCUACAUGAUCCGCAGGGCUCUGCGGUUAAAAACGUCCAUCAAACUACUGCUGGUCAGGUACAAGGCACAGUGGGAAGACGAAAAUCGGUCUAGGAAGACUGGGCAGGUGACGCAAGCCAAGUUGGCCAAAAAGCCACGCAUCCUCCGAGACGAGAACCAACUGACAGACAGAGACUGGGAGGUCCUCUACCAUUUGGAGGCUAUUCUGACCGUCUUCGAAACCGUGGUGAAGACGCUGGAGGGCGAUGGGCACAUCCGUAAGCGCAGACAGGGCUGGACCGGUUCCUACGGCAAUGUCUGGGACGUGGUGCUGGGGUACGAGCUGCUUCUUAACACACUGGAAGAGUAUAAAGAGCUUGCUGCUGGUUUUCCUGAUGCAGAGUACUUGCGCAUCGGAAUCAACCUUGCUUGGGAUAAGCUGGAUGAGUAUUACCAACGGCUGGAUGAGACGCCGAUAUACUAUACAGCCAUGGCGCUCCAUCCAGCCUAUCGCUGGGACUGGUUUGAUGAGACGUGGUCACAUAAGCCUAGUUGGGUAAAAAGGGCAAAAGAGAUGGUUGCCGAUGUCUGGUUAUCCGAUUACGCCCACCUUGAAGUUGGAACUACCAGCAGCAGGAGUGACGAGGAGCCACCAGCUAAACGGUCUCGGUUUUUCAACCCGUUCGAGAAGAACAGUCGUCUGCCAAGCUCAACACCAGCCUACGUAACAACUAUAAUGGGCGACGAGUACCAGGCGUGGCAGACGGAUCGUGAGGUAGGUGACAGCAAUGUUCGCGAUCCAAUCCGUUACUGGAUCACGAAAAAAGGCAGAUAUCCCAGGUUAUCCAGGAUGGCCUUGGACUUCCUGACGAUUCAGCCAAUGUCAGCCGAAUGUGAAAGGUUAUUUUCAGCAGCUGGCAAGAUGGUCUCGGCAUUGCGUACAGACCUCGAUGCUGAGAUUAUUGGAAUCUGUCAGGUUUUACGUUCUUGGUAUCGUGCAGGCCUCAUCAAGGACCUAGAUCCAUUGCUUCACUCGCAUGUUGAGACUCAACUGGAUGGAGUCUACGCGACUCUGAGCGACAAUGAACUGGCACUUGCCGAGUCAAAGUGGCUAUUGGACGGCGAGGACAGCGUCAGCGAGGGGGGUGAUUUAGUACUGCAGCAGACGGGGGAAGAGUUAAUAACGAAAUAUGAAAGUGAGGCCGAAUAG